GUGGCACAGUGCAAACAGCGCGCAAGAAAGUUGGUUAAUUAAAAAAAAAACAAAACGUAAGAGUGCGAAGACAUUAAACAAUCUGUCCUUGUAGCGCUACAUCUACUCCUCGUUUUCCAGUCCCCCGAUCCCCCUCUCACUGGAAUUUCGAGAUCCGUUUCUCCACCGACACUCUGAUUUUCAUCAAUGGAGCCCCAGCUGCUACGCUGCUUCAUCUUCAUCCCUUUCUUAUUGUUACAGGCCCUGAUUAAUCUACCACUUGCGAGAUCAAACCCAUCGAAUCACAAGUACAAAAGCGGCGAUCCAGUCCCUCUCUACGUUAACAAAGUCGGCCCUUUUCAAAACCCUAGCGAGACGUACCGAUAUUUUGACCUUCCAUUCUGUAUGCCAGGUUCAGCACAUUUGGUUGAUAAACCGGAAGCUCUUGGUGAAGUUCUUAAUGGUGAUCGUUUGGUAAGUGCACCAUACCAGCUCGACUUUUUGAUUGAGAAAGACACGGAAGUUGUUUGCAAGAAGAGGCUGACAAAAGAUGAAGUUCAUAAAUUCAGAAGUGCUGUGGCAAAGGACUACUAUUUUCAGAUGUACUAUGAUGAUUUACCUCUUUGGGGUUUCUUGGGUAAAGCUGAGAAAGAUAAUAAAGCUGAUCCUGGAGAAAACAAAUAUUAUUUAUUCAAGCAUCUUCAUUUUGAGGUACUCUACAACAAGGAUCGCGUCAUUGAGGUAAACGUGAGAACUGAUCCUAGUGCUCUCGUGGACCUUAGUGAAGACAAAGAAGUUGAUGCAGACUUUAUGUACACUGUCAAGUGGAAAGAAACAGACAUUCCCUUUGAAAAAAGAAUGGAUAAAUACUCUCAGUCUUCUAAUAUGCCACAUCACCUAGAGAUACAUUGGUUCUCAAUCAUCAAUUCUUGCGUUACAGUUCUGCUCUUAACUGGUUUUCUUGCCACAAUCCUUAUGAGAGUAUUAAAAAAUGAUUUUGUGAAGUACGCUCAUGAUGAAGAGACACCAGAAGACCAAGAAGAAACCGGAUGGAAGUACAUUCAUGGGGAUGUUUUCCGCUAUCCAAAGUACAAAUCUGUAUUUGCUGCAGCUCUUGGCUCAGGCACCCAGCUUUUUGCAAUUGCAAUUCUAGUUUUUAUGCUUGCACUGGUUGGAGUAUUCUAUCCAUACAACCGGGGAGCUUUGUUCACUGCGCUGGUUGUCAUAUAUGCGCUAACAUCCGGGUUUGCAGGCUAUACUGCAGCCUCUUUUUACUGCCAACUGGAAGGAACAAACUGGGUGAGGAAUCUGUUGUUAACUGGAAGUCUCUUUUGUGGGCCUUUGUUUCUCACAUUUUGCUUCCUCAACACCGUAGCUAUUGCUUACAAUGCCACUGCUGCACUGCCAUUUGGUACAAUUGUGGUAAUAGUUCUUAUAUGGGUCCUAGUGACAUCACCUUUACUAGUUCUUGGCGGGAUUGCUGGAAAGAAUAGCAAGGCGGAGUUUCAAGCUCCCGUGCGGACCACAAAGUAUCCUAGGGAGAUUCCACCAUUGCCAUGGUACCGUGGAACUCUUCCUCAGAUGGCAAUGGCUGGUUUUCUGCCUUUCAGCGCCAUCUAUAUUGAACUUUACUAUAUAUUUGCCAGUGUUUGGGGUCACAGGAUUUAUACCAUCUACAGCAUCUUAUUUAUUGUCUUCAUCAUUCUUCUGAUUGUAACGGCAUUCAUUACCGUGGCAUUGACGUAUUUUCAACUUGCUGCUGAGGAUCAUGAAUGGUGGUGGAGGGCUUUCCUUUGUGGUGGAUCAACAGGCUUGUUCAUUUAUGGAUAUUGCUUGUAUUACUACUAUGCGCGAUCAGAUAUGAAUGGUUUCAUGCAGACAUCCUUCUUUUUCGGGUACAUGGCUUGCAUUUGCUAUGGUUUCUUUCUCAUGCUCGGGACUGUUGGUUUCCGUGCAUCUCUGUUUUUUGUUCGUCACAUCUAUCGGUCAAUCAAGUGUGAGUAGUGUCUCCCUGAGAUGAUGGAUGGUUUUCCAAGUUCAAGAGUACGCUUAGCGUCUAAUUGCCAUUCUUGGACAGAAGAGGACCGUGUAGUACAGUAGCACUCACAGGACAGACUUUAUUAUUUUAAUAUUGUGUUGCACGAUGUGGAAAGGCUUUUCUAGUUUUGCACGAGAACUGAGAUCUUAAUGUUCUUUCAGCAAUAGAUUAUAUUGAAGAAUAUGAUAUUUCUUUUUAUUGUUCAAAACUUGUUUCUGUAGCUUAGGGUGGUAAAACUGUCAAACAGACCGAGUUCGUGCUCUAGAUUGCCUUCUAUGAAAUUAUAGUAUACGAGUUUGGGCUUGAUGUUGAUUUAA